AAAUCGCGACGACGUCGAAGGUGUGUGAAAACCUAUAUACGCUGCGAAAGAGAAAAGAACAGUGAAACGGGACGUUCGGGUUGUUCGAUUGACUGGUGGCUGAAGGAAAUGUUUUAAAUCCAACGGACCUUAGCUAUUCUUUUCCUCCUGCAUACGGGGCCAUCGGCCGGACGUUUUGCUGGCUGUUCCAGCACUUUUGUAUCCAUCGUGGACGCAAACUGUUCCGGAAAUCGAACUUUUCUUUGGGCUGAUUAUCUGCUGCUGCUGUUUAGAGAGUAUAGUGAAAACGCGAAGAAAAACCUCCCCUCUGAGUGUUCUCCCCCAUAACCUGUGUCAGUGUCUCGGGAUCGUCAGUGUUGAAGUCUUCCCAGCAGGGCAGUGUAAAACGUGAAGAAAUAGUGCGAGGAAUAGCACCGUGUGCGUCACCGAUUCCCUGCAUUUCCUUUCCAUCGUUUUACGAACUGUUCCCGUUGUCAUUUUCGAUUUUUCGGAACCCAAAACAUCUCGGAUUCGAGCAAGUACACUCGAAACGCAUUGGCAUCUGAUAUCGUCGGCGAAAGUGUAACUAAACAAUAAGGCGAACAUGGAAAUCCUAUCGACAUCCCAGGUGAACGGAAUAACCAUAACACCCCGAAAGAAGGAUGUCGAUUCGAAGGAAAAUCUCUGGUCGGCUAUCCUCAGCGAAGUACAAACCCAGAGCAGUACCAAACUUCCCUCGAACAAGUCGGUGCUCGUGUUGGGUGAUAACGCGAGCGGAAAAACUACACUGAUCGCGAAGCUGCAGGGCGUGGAAGAUCCCAAAAAGGGAUCGGGCCUGGAAUAUGCAUACAUCGAUGUGCGAGACGAGUAUCGAGAUGAUUUAACACGCCUGGGAGUAUGGAUACUGGACGGCGAUCCUGGCCACAAUAAUCUACUAAAAUAUGCACUGAACGAAGCGAACUAUGCACACACUUUGGUCAUUCUGACGCUAUCGAUGACGACACCGUGGAGCUGGGUGACACAGCUGCAGCACUGGAUCAAGAUACUAGAUGAUCACAUAGCAGGACUGAAGCUCGAUCCGGAGGAAAAACAGCAAUGCCGCCAACGACUGGUGUCCGUAUGGCAAAGCUACUGCGAUACAAUCGACGAGCUGGAUCCGGGUUCCCCCAUCAAGCGUUCCAACAGACUCUCGUCUGUGGACGACGAGCUGGACGCGCUUCCGCUCCCAGAGGAUGUACUAACGACCAAUUUGGGCUUAGAUGUGGUGAUUGUUGUUACAAAGACCGAUUAUAUGACCACACUGGAGAAGGAGCUCGACUAUCGAGAUGAGCACUUUGACUUUAUGCAGCAGUGGAUUCGUCGGUUCUGUUUGAUCUACGGUGCGUCACUGUUUUACACCAGCGUGAAAGAGGAUAAAAACUGCGAUCUGCUGUACAAGUACCUAACGCACCGUAUCUACGGGUUACCAUUCCGCACACCUGCCCUCAUCGUGGAGAAAGAUGCUGUAUUGAUACCCGCUGGCUGGGACAAUAUAAAGAAGAUCAAUAUACUGUACGAAAAUAUGCAAUCAUGCAAACCGGAUGAUUGCUACAAUGAUAUUAUUGCACAACCGCCGUCAAGAAAGACUGUAUCCAAUCGGGAGAUUGAAAUUCAGACGGAAGAAGAACAGGCGUUCCUCACCCGGCAGCUGCAACUUCUCCAGCAAGGUCAAACACCCACGAGGGGCGAAUCACCCAUGCGUUCACAAAACAGUGCCGGCAAAACAACACCGCGAACCCCAGGAUCUGCUGGUGCGCAGGGAUCGCCAAAGAAGGUGGACGGUAAGCUGAAUCCUGGAACACCCAGUGGCGAAGGCGUACUCGCAAACUUCUUCAACUCAUUACUGCAUAAAAAGUCCGGCUCGCCGUCAGGAGGGAGUAGUUUAGCGGGCUCUGGCAUUUCUCCACGAGCGACCAACGGAGGCGACCUGGUAUCCAUGGUGCAGCGCUCUGAUCCCGCCCUGGAGCUGGAUCGGAUGGCACGUAGCGUCAUGAAGGAUCUAGAUUUUUCAGCACAAACGGAUUGUUAGGCUGGACACCGUAGAACUGGGUUAAGCUUGUGAAGGCCGAUGGCCGGCGAAUGAAAUAGGAAGGAAUACUGAUAAUAUGCACGUCGUGUGAUAUGGCUAGUGCUCUAUAUGUUCUGCGCUACAAUCUUGUUUGUGUGUGAAUGUGCGCUUCUACACGAAAAAAAACUGAAGUGCAACGAAUAAGAGAAGAAUGGGAAGAAGCUUUUCAAGACAGAGAUGUGAGUGAGCGAGAGCGAAGUGUAGUGAUUUAAAUCGCUACAUUGAACGAAAAAAAACGUGGAAAUUGUUAAUCGAACCACUUUUAUUAGUUAGGUAGUGCGUGGAGUAUAGAGAUUAGGUCGAUAGAGCAGGUUAAAUAAACAGAAUAUUUAGAAGAAAGAAGAAACUCUUUCUGCCCUCGCCAACGAUGCUUUUCCAUGGAUGCCUUUUGAUUCUUUAUGUUUUUCUGUUGUUUGAAUUCUUCGGUUAAUCCUUUCUUACUAACACUGUCCUGAAAAGCAGUUGCACUACUCCACAUUGCAAUUGUAAUUACUCGCUCAAAGAUGUUUAUAUUCAUAGCAACGAUAUUCGCGAGGCAGAAAGAGAAAAAAAAGUAUCCCUAAUGCGUAACGCAAGUGAGAAACAUAUUAAUACUAAAUAACUUAUACCGAUUUGAUAAUAAUUUGCAGCUUAAAACGGCAAAAAAGAAGAUAACUUAUAAACAUUUAUCCAUCAUAAUUCCUUAUUAACGAAAGCAAAAAAAAAAGCAUAAGAUCGUAACGAACAAAAAAACCGCAAAGAAAACAAUGGAUUUGUUAUUCUUCCGUCACCAUUUUUGAACUGUCCCCUCGAAGAGAUCGCGGUGACACACAAAGUCCUGUAAGGACUGAAUUUGUGUUGUAAAAAUUCGUUUCGCAACGAUAAGUCACACUCCCCUCCCCUCCCUUACGCCCACAUUCGACCACUUUUAUGUGUGUGUAAACCUCAUAGCUUCCGAAACAAAAAAAAACACGAACGAAAACGUACUCAAUUUAUUUUAGCGAAAGAAUUGUCACAUACUUUUAGAGCAUUAGAAGUAAAUGCGGAAAUCUUAAAUGUGCAGUAUUCAAUCAAAUUAUAAUGGCUUUGAACGCGAACGCCAUCUGUUUGUUGAUCGGCUCGAGCGAUUUUGUUGUUUCCAAUAGAAAUUCCGAGAUUUUUUUAUCAGACUUUUUUGUUGAAAACAAAAUUGAUUCGCGUUUAUAUUUGAAGAUGACCAAUAGGAGAGAAAUUGUUUACUGAAAUAGAUAAACCUACACGAAACCACAACACGUAUGCAAAAACUACGGCUAUUAGGUGAAAUAGUCAGCAGUAAUCACACCAAUCUUCAUGUAGGGGAUGCAACUUCUCUAACAACAUGUUUCGCAUUGUAACCCGUUUCAGAUUCUUGAAUAAAAUUCCGAGGGUGUAGAAACCAUUAAAAUAAAUUAUUGCAGAAACGGGAUUGUAA